CACAUUUCCGCAUUUCCAUCAUGCUGCACUCGGUUGUGGUUGCUGCGCUGCUGCUUGCGGCAAACGUCAAUGGGCUCGGCGCGAAUACCACACUCGUCCUCAACAAGCGGUACUGCGAGAUUCUCUACGUGUCGACGGAGAACGGGUCGUUCACUGCCGAUGUGUUCAACACAUUCGGCCUCAACGACUGCCCCGAGCCCUUAUGGAAUGCAAUUACUCCAGAGAACGCCAAGAGCGACCCGAACACCAUCGCCGUCGUCCUCAAUGGCCCUCGGUACUGGCGAAUGGACGAGUUCGGCCCACUGACAUCGCCAGUCGUCAAACAGCGCGUCGUCAAGUAUGUCGGUGGAAUCGGGAUGUCGCUCGCGGGUCGAGUUACCAUUCCUAAGAUGCCGAUUGCCCCGACAAGCUACACGAUGUCGAUGGUGAAGCGGAAUGCCCAAUGGAUCUGGCGCGCUGGGUCGAUGGUGCUUUUGCUGACCAAUACUACAUCCGGUGACACCUUCAUCAUGCAAUCCAACAAAGCCAAUUCGACCGAAGACAUCAACGACCUGGAAUCGUUGGGGACGCGAUUCAAGGACUUGCCACCAUCGUGGACGUUCACGGCAACGCGAUUAUCCCAAGAUUUGAACAUCACAACGCCCGCUCUUGUCGGUGGGACAGCUGAGUUUGGCAUUGUUGUCCAAGACGAGUUCCAGAACACCUACUCGUAUACACAAGACGUGGAUGCCCUCGCGAUCCGCAUGGGACUGGUACCAAAGCCGACGAGUUCACUGUCCAAGGCAUCAGGGAUUCCUGUCGCGUCGGCGUCGGUCGUCCUUCUCUUCUGCAUCGCGUUGCUGCUUUUCCUGGAAUAAAGUCCUCCACAUCUUUACCUUAAUUGGCUAUAAAUAAUCCAAUCACUCGUCUUUAAUCGAAA